AUGGAUCAGCUGACUGCCCAGCAAGUGCUCCAGCGUGACUAUUACACAACGUAUCGCAAUUUGGAUUUCACCGCUGUCUUCAGGGAUUUGGACCUGUCUGUGAGUGACGGGGUGCACGCGGCCUUCACCGGCCUGCACGUCUCGGGGCUGGCCUCCAACCACCACGCGCCGAGGUUUAAUCGCACUCUAUAUGAAGCUUACGUGGAGGAAAAUUCAUCUCCUGGCCAGCUAGUCAUCAACCUGGUGGCCACGGACCUUGAUGCCUGGGACCUGGGCAAGCUGCAGUACACCAUCCUGCACCAGACUUCAGAGGGAGCCUUCACCGUGGACAAAGAAGGCAACCUAUACACUGAGACACCUCUGGAUCGCGAGUCCCUGCCUGUGCACAGCCUCAAGGUGUCUGUGAUGGACGAGGGGGGCCGGGCCAGCUUCACGGCGGUGCGUGUGACGGUCCGCGACAAGAACGACAACCCACCAGUCUUCAUGUUGCCGGAGUAUCAGGCGAACAUCAACACUGACGUGGCUCCCAGGACAACCAUUCUCAAGGUCGAGGCCAGUGACGCAGAUGAAGGGGCAAACAGUGAAGUGAGAUACCGCAUGUAUGAAGCCAACAGUUCUGAGGCACUGGAGCUCUUCUCGGUCAACCCCACCACCGGCGAGGUCACCGUGGCACAGACCAUCCACAGCCGAGAAAAUGAGGUGUACCAGUUUUUCAUCCGUGGCGAGGACAGCGGCUCCCCCCAGCACCACUCCGACGUGCCCGUCACCAUCUUCCUGCUGCCCCCUCAUGAGAACCCCCCGCACUGCGCCAGGAAGUAUGCACAGUUCUUCAUCAGGGAGGACGCCCCCAUCGGUGAGCACCCACAGCUAUCAGUAAUAUGACACACACACACACACACACACACACAUAAAAAAAUAAGAUAAAAUUAAAAAGUCACUGGUAAAAUGCAUAUUAUUUAAGAAAAUACA